GUCACCCAGGCCCAUCAGAAUCCGCGCCGUGUCGUUUGCAGCGCUCUUCAACUGCGUCACGGAUCCGGGGCGUCUGUCGCAGUCUGCGUGCGCGUGCGCAGACGACAGAAGAUCAACGGCGCCGAGCGAGCGUCGGAGCUUUUUUGCUGUCCACGUACACGUCCACGUCGACGCCCAUCCACAAACGGCAGCUUUUCGAAACAAAACAGUUGCGUAUCGGAUCUUGCUACCAGCCAGCGAACGUCGCCAGCACGAUUGAUUCGCCUCUCGCCUCUGCCCUGUUUUGUUGCGUCAACUAGCUCAACGGUUCUCUGCUGGCUUGGCGAGCUGCUCGUGCGUUUCCCACCGGCCUGGUCUCUGCAGAACAGCCUCCGCACUGCGCAGCCAAUCAUGCCCGCCUGGGCGGCCGAAAAUCUGGAGAAGCCAGAGGACGGAGCGGUUCGUGCCAGACUCUUGUCAGUGCGCAAUCAGAAAGACUCGCAAACAAAACCUGUCCGAUGGCUUGCUGGUCGUCAGCUAGUGCGCCAAUCGGGAUAUGCUCACAGUCCUGCACAAAUGGCUUGCAGAUAGAGCAGCUUAAGCGACAAGGUGCUCGCCUCCCAGCCCCGCAUUCCAGCCAACAUUCGAGGGCUUCUUCAUCUACUUUGCUCGAUGCGCCGCUACCUCAGCCGUUCGUUCCCUGUACGACGAUCUCGAGUAGAGCCGACAUAACCUACCUCGUUUGGUCCGCCCUCCAUGGAUUUCGAUCCCUGGCCGCGUCGGUCACGAAGCCAGCAAGUCUUUUGACUCCCCAGCUCUGCUGGACCGACCACUUCGACUUGCAUAGACCGCAAUGGCGCGUGAUGUAAUUGGAUUGCAUCCUGCCUGUAUCCCCACCUUAAACUUCUUCUGGCGGAAUGCAGCUCAUGCUCAACAGGCAUUGUCUUACCCCGCCUGAUUCAAUGUAGGGGAAACACGAGACCAAGUAUCUCUACUUGACGCCUCGUCCUCUCCUACACCUGACCCUCGUAGCUGUACAUAAACCAUGGCGUCCAGAGCCAUCUUUGGUCACCAUCCCCUUCCUGCAUACUGCUCCUGUGAACCCAGUUCAAAAGCUCCUCUGCUGACCUAGGCGUUCGUGCCUUGACUGUUCCUUCUUCACAGUGGUUUGUCAACUCGUGCUGCCGUAUGCAUGCGCGUUCUUUGACCGCACGCAAUGAUCAGCUUUCCCCAUUAACCUGCGCCUCCUAGCUUCUCGCUCCUCAAACCGAUGUCAUUCACAAGCCUUCUCUCAAACACACCACUACAUCCAAGGCAUACUCUACUUUGUCAAGCACAUAUCCGCGCCCACGUCUAGAUCCCUCUUAGCGCCCAGUGCAUUCUUCCACGUGCUGGUUUGCUAGUCUUAGCAUGUCGUGAGGCUCUCCAUAAUUCAGACUUGCACCACUCUCAGCAACAUUGUUCGUACUCAUACUUCCAUUGAAUGUCAAAGUACCGCUUUCGCAUGUUGUUGGAUGUUUCGACUGACCCCAGUCGUGCCGAAUCGCAGGACCACUUCAGCCUCGAAACAUAACCUCAAGCCAUCUCCACCGUCAGCCUUACCCGUUCAGCCCACAUUGUUGCCAUCGAUCUCACCAGCACAAACCAUGAAUCAAUCUACAGAGGCGACGAGCGCCGUGGCAAGCCCACCUAACCCGCGCAAGAGGCGACUCUCCGGUCAACAAAUCGCGCCCAGUCCUAUCGCGCCAGCGCCAGCGCCGCCGCCCGGUCCAUCCAGCUUUGCGAUUGCAUCUGAGUCCGCAGGGCCAACUACGGAGCCACCGAUAAGUGCCCCGCCACCUAAAAAGGGAAGAACAAAUACCCCAUGGACACCAGCGGAAGAACUUCGCCUGAAGAAGAUGCGUGACGAGGGGAAAAGCUGGAGCGAAAUCGCCAAGUCUUUUCCAACCCGCACAGAAGGGAGUGUCAAGAAGCAUUGGUAUAAGGAUAUGCAUUAUGCCGAGUUCGCCGAAGACGAGAGCGCCGCGCUUCUGGCAGCGAUCAAGGAAUAUGAGCAAAAUAAGUGGAAGGUAAUUGGCCAAAAAGUGGGAAAGCCGGCAAAGGCCUGCGAGCAGUAUGCGAAGGAGCAUUUCAGUGGAAAGGUUUAAGGAUCUUUCCCAUAGGUCGUUCGGUUCUGGGUUCAGCGCACAACCUUCGAGAUACCACCAUUUGUUACACCAAGGCGUUGUGCAUCAGCAUGCAGUGUUCAGAAAUUUUGUUUCAAUGAAUUUCGGCAGUCGCAAACACGCAAUGGAGGAAAGGCAUAGGCUCGGCGGGGAAAUCAUGUCGGUGAUCGUUAAGGCGACAUUUGAGAAGCCGUAGUACUGAAACUCGGGCAUGGGCAUAUAAUGACGCCAGCGAAAGAGUCCGAGAAAACAGGUCUGACUCCACAGCUACUCACAAAGUCUGUUCACAUUCUCUUCGUAAUCCGCGUUUUCCAGGCGCAAGCGUGUUCCG